UUAGGAGGGCCGCCGGGCAAUCACCGCCCUAUAUUCCCUGCCAACGACCAUCAUUCCGAUCAUUCCCUGCCAUGGUAUCGGCCUCGUCAGCUUCAGUCCUCCUGCUCUUAUUUAAGGCGCCGUACACUGCCCGUCCUGGUCGUAACAAUCCAUCCACCAUCGUCGAUCGACUUCUAGCUUCUCUUGUCCUCUCUCUAGAUCCCCAGCUCAUCUCACAGGUGCCAUCAUCGCUGCCAACAAGAUGGGCAGCGCCACGGCGAUGCUGCUUGAGUUCGUCGCCGUUGCCGCGCUUCUCGCCACGUCGGCGACGGCGCAGUACUGGAACAGCGGGACGGCGACGUUCUACGGCGGCAAGGACGGUUCCGGGACGAUGGGCGGCGCGUGCGGGUACGACAACCUGUACAACCAGGGGUACGGCGUGCUGAACGCGGCGCUGAGCCAGGUGCUGUUCAAUGACGGCGCGUCAUGCGGGCAGUGCUACAACAUCAAGUGCGACACCAGCAAGUCCGCGUGGUGCAAGCCCGGCUACUCCGUCACCAUCACCGCCACCAACCUGUGCCCGCCCAACUACGCCAUCACCACCAACGGCGGCGGCUGGUGCAACCCGCCGCGCGCACACUUCGACAUGUCCCAGCCGGCGUGGGAGCAGAUCGGCAUCUACCGCGCCGGCAUCAUCCCCGUCCUCUACCAGCGGGUGCCGUGCUCCAGGCAGGGAGGGGUGAGGUUCACCAUCUCCGGGUUCAACUACUUCCAGCUGGUGCUCGUCACCAACGUCGCCGCCAGCGGCUCCAUCCGGUCCAUGUCGGUGAAGGGGGCCAACACCGGGUGGAUCGCCAUGACGCGGAACUGGGGCGCGCUGUGGCAGUGCAGCUCGGCGCUCGUCGGCCAGGGGCUCUCCUUCAUGGUCAUCUCCACCGGCGGCCAGACGCUGUACAUGAACAACGUCGUGCCGGGGUGGUGGACCUUCGGCAUGACCUUCGCCACCAACCUCCAGUUUUACCAAUAGUUCACAGCGCAUAAUUGCAUGUGCGUGUGCCUGCCUCUGGGAUUAAAUUAAUUAAUACAUCAGUUGACUUAAUGGGGUGUGUAUGUCUGUAAUGUGGGGGUUGAUCUGGGAUUUUGAUCUGUGUAAUCACAUUUUGUCGAUUUUGUUUCUACUACCUGUACAUGCACAUCAGUUUAUUUG